AUGGCGUCUCUGGAGUCCGGCUCGGCCAGUUAUCUCUCAUCGCUGCCGCCUGCGACCACCCAAAUUAUAUAUGGCCUGAAGCUCUGGAGCCUCAAGCUGCUAUCAUCCUUUGGUUUGGCGUCUGUGCGGCUGUUCACAACGACCCCAUUACCGCUCCGGCCUUCCAUCAUAAAAGAAUACCCUUGCCGACCCGGCCUUGCCAAUCGAAUAUUCGUUCCGAGGUCUCACAGACCUGGUGAACUUCUCCCUCUGUAUCUCGACCUUCAUGGCGGGGGGUUCGCUCUCCUUGAUGCCCAAUACGAUGACGAAUUUUGUGCUGUACUUGCCAAUAAAUUCAAUAUCCUAGUCGCCAGCAUUGAAUAUAGGAAGUCACCGACCAGCAAAUUCCCAGAGCCAACCUACGAUGUGGUCGCGAUCUCUAACGCCAUUAUUGAAGACGAAGCUCUACCUAUUGAUAAAUCGCGUGUGGUGUUGGGGGGCUUCAGCGCCGGUGGGAAUUUGUGUCUCUCUGCCGCCCAGGUACCCGAGCUUAAAAGCAAGAUCAAUGGGGUUAUCCCCUGGUACCCUCUUACGGAUUUUACUCUGUCGCCAGCUGAGAAACAGAGCUCAAGGCCCUACCGAAAUGCGAAAGAUAUGGACGAUUUUAAGGAUUGGGGCCCGAUCUGGGAAUGGGCUUAUGUUCGGCCUGGGCAGAACUUGGGGGACCCGUUGCUGAGUGUCAGAUAUGCGACAAAGGACAAGUUGCCUAAAUGGGUAUAUAUGGUAGGCGCAGAGUAUGAUAUGCUGGCUAAUGAGGGACGGGACCUGAUGGUUGACCUUGCGGGCCUGACCGAAGUUGGGAAGGAAAAGGAGUUUUACGGGUUUGAAAAAGAUACCUACAAGUGGACCUUGGCUAGAGGGGUACGACAUGGUUUUACCCACGAUAUGAUGGAUAACCCGGGGGCAGAAGUGGUAGUCGUGAAUCAAAAGAGGGUUAAGGAGCUAGUUGACGACCUGGGGAGCUGGUUGUUCAAAGGUCCCUUCGCAGCAUGA